AUGGCCGCCUCCGCCCUGUCCGUCUGCUCCAGUGACCUGAGCUACAACUGUCCAGAGAGCUACUGCGAGCCCCGCUGCUGUGCCCCCAGCUGCUGCGCCCCGGCCCCCCGCCUGACCCUCCUCUGCGCCCCAGUGAGCUGCGAGUCCAGCCCCUGCUGCCAGCCAGCCUGCAGCAGCUCCUGCCCGGCCUUGGGCUGCAAGCAGUCCAGCUGCCAGUCCUCCUGCUGCACCUCCUCCCCCUGCCCGCAGGCCUGCUGCGAGCCCGUCUGCUGCAGGCCCGUCUGCUGCGAGCCCGUCUGCUGCAGGCCCGUCUGCUGCGAGCCCGUCUGCUGCAGGCCCGUCUGCUGCACUCCUGUCUGCCUCAGGCCCGUGUGCUGUGAGGCCUCCCCCUGCUCAGCCCCCUCAUCCUGCUGCAGACCCUCCUCCUCCGUGUCCCUCCUCUGCCGCCCCGUGUGCCGCCCUGCCUGCUGUGUCCCCACCUCGGCCCCGGACCCCACCGCCUUCACCAUGGCCACCUCCGCCUUGUCCGUCUGCUCCAGCGACCUGAGCUAUGACUGUCCAGAGAGCUACUGCGAGCCCCCCUGCUGUGCCCCCAGCUGCUGCGCCCCGGCCCCCCGCCUGACCCUCCUCUGUGCCCCAGUGAGCUGCGAGUCCAGCCCCUGCUGCCAGCCCUCCUGCUGCACCUCCUCCCCCUGUCAGCAAGACUGCUGUGAGCCCGUCUGCUGCAGGCCGGUCUGCUGUGAGCCCGUCUGCUGCAGGCCUGUCUGCUGCAGGCCCAUCUGCUGUGAGGCCUCCCCCUACUCAGCCCCCUCGUCCUGCUGCAGACCCUCCUCCUCCGUGCCCGUGUGCUGUGAGGCCUCCCCCUGCUCAGCCCCAUCCCCCUGCUGCAGACCCUCCUCCUCCGUGUCCCUGCUCUGCCGCCCCGUGUGCCGCCCCGCCUGCUGCGUGCCCACCUCCUCCUGCCAGCCCAGCUGCCGCCGCCCAGCCUCCUCCGUGUCCCUGCUCUGCCAGCCCGUGUGCUCCCGCCCAGCCUGCUGCAUCCCCACCUCAGCCCUGGAGCCCUGCUGCUGA